CUUUCAGGCAACUAGUCAAGAGUCACAGUCAAAUCAACCAGCCUCAAAGUAAAAGCCUUAAAAAGAGUUCAAUCUUAUUCCAAAGAUUACACUUCUCUGUUAUGUAUCUCCAAAUGUUGUCAUCCACAGCUGGUGAAGACACUGCUCACAACACCAUAACUAAUACUCUGAAUAGAGUGUCUUCGUCAUCCUCAAAAUCUUCCUCUACAUCUUCCUCUCCUUCACCUUUUUCGCCUUCCGAUCUUCACCACCAGACCCACAAGGCUAAAACCAUGGAAGAGGUCUGGAAAGACAUCAAUCUUGCUUCGCUUCAUGAUCACCCUUCUGGCGAUCAAGACUUCUCUGUCACUCCGAGACUCCAUAAUCCUUAUCACAACAACUUUAUUCUUCAAGACUUCUUUGCAAGACCCUUUAGCAAAGAUCCACCGACGAGAUUAGUUUCUGCUCAUGGUGAUUCUGCUUUAUGUGGCUCUUCAAUGCCGCCUCCUGCCACUGUUCUCAGCUUAAACUCAGGCCCUGGGUUCGAUUUUCUUGAUAACUCUGAUCCACUUAGGCCUACCUCGCAUUUGCCUAGCCAUCCUGUUUCAAAUAUUUCCUCUUUUAAUAGUACUUUUGAGGCGUUGGAUUCAUCUUUGGGCAUGCCUUGUUUUGGUAAGAAAAGGGUUCAAGAAUCUGAUAACAGUUCCUGUGAUCGCCGACAUAAGCGUAUGAUCAAGAACCGAGAAUCAGCAGCUCGAUCGAGAGCUAGAAAACAGGAAAUUAGCUUCUUCUUUUUAUUUGUCCUCUUAUAAUAAGGGCAAUUUACUAACUUAGUUUUCUUGUAUAGUUUUCUUCAAGGGAUGACUUUGUUUACUGGGAUUUCAUAUUUCUUGCAGGCUUAUACUAAUGAGUUAGAGCUCGCAGUACAACAUCUAAAGGAAGAAAAUGCAAGGCUCAAGAGACAGCAAGGGGAGGUAAGUCAGGCAGAUAAUAAAAGAAAAUAGUUAUACUUGGCUGCAACCGCUCUACUUCCCAAAAAGCACACACUCCAUCGAACGUCAACGGCUCCAUUUUGAGUAGUAUUACUGCUUUGAUUUACCCAAUUUGUCUCCAUUAGCUUAGCACAGUUUCCUUCCUUUGGGGAGAGAGAGAGAGAGAGAGAGAGAUGUAGGGAAAGAUAUAUUUAUGGGAUUUUGUUUAUGAAUGUUUUUGUAAUGAAGGGGAUGGAUGGAUGCAAGUGUAGCAAAAAUUUCCUGUUUUAAAGAGUAGAUGGUUUGUGAAAGAAAAGGAAAGUGUGUCAUUGCAUCAUCCAUCCCUAACAGGCAGGAACAUUUGUGUUGGGUCUUUGGUUGCCUUUUGUAUCUUUCUUUGAUUGUCAUGCCAAUUUCUAAGAGGUAAAGGAAAUGGGUUUUUUUUGGGGAGGGGCAAAAUUGGGUAGAAAAUUAAAAAGAGACCAAUUCUAGCUCCACGAAUUUGCACAGUAAAGUAAAGAUGGGACAUUUUGUUCUUGUAAACUGACCAAAUGAAC